AUGACGACACUAACAGAAACCUCUUCUGCCACCAGGUUCCGGAAGCACGUCGGCUUUGACAACAUCCCGAUCGGAGAAGCGACAAAGUCAAACACACUCGGCUACACACUGAGCAUCAGCCAUUAUGGCUACCAACCCCGGCGCCGAUCACGAACCAUGAUGGUCGGCAUUGACCAGAACAUAUACUCCGACUUUGCGCUGCAAUGGCUGUUGGACGAGUACGCAGACGAUGGCGAUGAGAUAAUCUGCGUCCAUGUUGUAGACAAAGAUGCGCGGACCGUCGAGGAAAAGAACUACAAGGCACGUGCCGACAAAAUGGUGGAAAGAAUCAAGAGCAAGAUCCCCGAAAGCUGCGCAAUCAGCAUAAAACUCGAGUACGCAGUGGGAAAACUGCAUGCGACUUUCCAAAAGCUGAUUCAAGUCUACGAACCUUCUAUGCUUGUCGUUGGAACACGCGGUCGCUCUCUGGGAGGCUUCCAGGGCCUCGUGAACAAGAACUCGUUCUCCAAGUACUGCCUGCAAUACUCGCCAGUACCGACUGUUGUCGUCCGUGACUAUGAGAAGCGCAAGAAGAAGAAGGACAAGAGAUCCAAUGACCCGGCCCGUCAUAGCUAUGCCAACAUGCUUGCAACGUCCAACGGCGUGCACGAGGCCAACAGCGAGAACAGCAGCGUGUACAACAUGGAGGCGAAGAUCUCUGCCGACGAGGAGGCGCAUAAGGUCGCCGCCGCCAUUGGUCUUCCGGCGGCUUUCGAUCCCACUCUCAAGCCAAUAGACAUAGACCAGUAUCUUGGACGCCGGUCGCGCAACACAUCGCCAGCCAGGCCAGAGGUAGAGAGCACCACGAGCGACAAGUCUACGAUUCCGGGCAGCGUCGAAACUCCUGCAGCAUCGGUCGAUAGCGAAGACGACGACAGCGCCGACGACGACGACGAAGCCGAGUUUGAAGUGACCUCUGGCCAGCAGGCACUUCAAGAAGCCGCAGCCAAAGAAUCCGAGAAGGAGCAGCGCAAGAAGCUGCAUGAGAUGGAGAUGGGCGAGGCUCAUGCAUUAAAGCAUGUCAUAGAAAGCGAUGAGGAGGAUUAA